CUUGAGAGAGAAAGGGGGGGAGAGAGAGGUGAGUGGGAUUCCAACGUCGAAAGCAGAGCAGAACAGGCUGCUUCUCACAAAGCGCCCUGUUACUUCCUCUGAUAUUUCCAUCUCUCUCAGGGUGUCGUCUAUAUAAACACGUAUCUGAAGUCUGUCUAUGCUCUGUUUCCAGGACGUGAGAGAUUGAUCUGUUGGAAUCCUGGAGGAACUUUUCACGGUUGCCUGUUUCGGUUAAGUGCAGCAAUUUUGUCCACUAAAGUUGUAUGAAAAACCUUGGACCAAAAGAAGCAAAUGAAAAAUUAACAUUUGGAUCAAAAUCCUUUGUAUAGUCUGGGUGUCGGUUACUCGGUUUCUUCUUUGCAUACGUGGAUGCUGGGGUGAUGUGAACUGUUUUAUCUGAAGUAAAACAACUGCAAAGCAGGUAGCAACACUUAUUCUAACUAGGAACCGCUAGAUUUGGGUAAGCUACGAUAUUUGAACUCCACAGUACUUCAGUACGGAAUCGUAAUGGUUGUUAAUCAGACAAGAAUUUCUACUUGUUGCGGGUAAAUUAAGGCAACUUGUUGACUGCAGAAAUUGAACUUGCGAAUGGCUACAGUUUGCUGGCCAUAUUUUGAUCCUGAGUAUGAGAACUUCAGCAGCAGAAUCAAUCCUCCGAGGGUCUCUGUGGAUAAUGCUAGUUGCCAUGAUUGUACACUGAUCAAGGUUGAUAGUGUUAACAAACCUGGAAUUCUGCUGGAACUGGUGCAAAUUCUAACAGACCUUGACUUCAUCAUCACUAAGGCUUACAUAUCUUCAGAUGGUGGAUGGUUUAUGGAUGUUUUUCAUGUGACGGAUCAGCAAGGAAAGAAGAUAACCGACAUCAAAACCAUAGACUUAAUAGAAAAGGCUCUAGGACCCAAGAGCCAGAGCACGGAAGGGGUAAAGAGUUGGCCUGCCAAACGGGUUGGGGUGCACUCCAUUGGUGAUCACACAGCUAUUGAGCUCAUAGGCAGAGACCGCCCAGGUCUUUUGUCUGAGAUCUCAGCUGUCCUUGCCAAUCUCCAAUUUAAUGUGAUUGCAGCUGAAGUUUGGACUCAUAAUAUACGUAUAGCAUGUGUUCUUUAUGUCAACGAUGCUGCCCCCAGGGCCGUUGAUAACUCAAACAGAUUAUCUCUUAUGGAGGAGCAGCUCAAACACAUUUUACGUGGAUGUGAGGAUGAUGAGAAAGUGGCUCACACCAGAUUCUCUAUGGGUUUCACCCAUAUGGAUAGGAGACUCCACCAAAUGUUGUUUGCUGAUCGGGACUAUGAAUGUACUGGAGUAACAGCUGAGAUGGAUUAUCCUCCUUGUUUUAGGCCGAAAAUAAUGAUAGAACGUUGUGAGGAAAAAGGGUAUUCAGUGGUUAGUGUCAGGUGUAAAGAUCGGGCAAAACUGAUGUUUGACAUUGUCUGCACUCUUACUGACAUGCAAUAUGUUGUUUUUCAUGCCACAAUUUCAUCUGAUGGCCCUUACGCAUCCCAGGAGUACUUCAUUCGGCACAUGGAUGGAUGUACGCUUGAUACUGAAGCGGAGAAGGAAAGGGUCAUUAAAUGCAUUGAGGCUGCUAUUCAAAGAAGAGUAAGCGAGCUAUCUACUUGUAUUGUUGCAAUGGGUGUGAGCCUUGAGCUGUGCGCAAAGGAUAGAGUGGGGUUGCUAUCUGAAGUAACUAGGAUUCUCCGAGAGAAUGGCUUGACGGUUUGUAGGGCAGCUGUAUCCACCAUUGGAGAGCAAGCACUGAAUGUGUUCUACGUGAGAGAUGCUUCUGGAAAUCCAGUGGACACGAAGAUUGUUGAAGCACUUCGCAAAGAGAUGGGGCAGACCAUGAUGGUGAAGUUGAAGAGAGUACCAACCAACACCGAGGCGCCUGAGCCCCGAGGGUGGGCCAAAACAGGUUUCUUCUUUGGGAACCUGCUGGAAAGAUUCUUGUCGUGAACAAUUGCGUUCCCUAUUUUUGGGAAGGAGGCACAUCAUUAUAUAUAUAAGAAUAAAUCUGAUGUGUACUGUCCUUUGCCACUUUCUAUCAGACCUAUGCUCUGUAACUUAACCUUCCUCCAAAGUCCAAACCUUGCCCGCCUUUCAUUUAUUACUGUUUCUUCGUUUA